AGUCCAACCAACCACUGGCUUUCAUGACCAAGUCUUGUCGACACCCCUUCUACUACCCCACGUAUUACUUCCUAUCACCCCAAACCAAAUUCUACAGGAGAUUUUGCUCUCCUAUACGUAUCCCAUUAUGGCCACCCUCGACUCUCUAAAAUCGGCCCUCAGGCAGAGAGCCGCCACAGCAACACAAGCACUGCCGCCCUUGUCGGAAGCGCAGUACAGCGCCGGCUUUGACAUGUUUGUCAAGGAGUCGGGAUGGGCGACCUACCAAGACUUCAUCAUACCCCAGCUGUCUCAGCUCGUGGCCCCUCUACUCAACCGGCGUGUCCGCCUCUCGGUGCUCGAGAUUGGACCCGGCCCAAAGAGCGUGUUCGGAUAUCUGCCCGAGCAACAGAGGCAAAAGAUCACAAAGUAUGUUGCAUACGAGCCCAACACCCUCUUUGCUGCGAGACUAGAGGAGUGGUUUCAGUCUGGUUCAGAGCUGGUGCCUCCUCUCCCUUGCCUGAAAACCUCUCCCGAAAUCCGUCACACUCCAUUUGCCCUGGACGGGAAUAACUGCAUGGACGAGCCCGAAGAGGCUUUCGAUCUCGUCUUGUUCUGUCACAGCAUGUACGGAAUGCGCCCCAAAGUCAAGUUUAUCGAGCGAGCACUGGGCAUGCUCGAUGGACGGUUCGACGGUGGAAUGGUGGUGAUCUUCCACCGUGCUGGCAGUCUGCACUUGGACGGCUUGGUGUGCCACUCCACGGCAUCCUUCCCUUCUGGUGUCAUCCGUGUGACGAACGACGACGCGAUCCUGGAUGCCUUCGCCCGCUUCGUUGCUGGGUACGCUGUUGAUGAUGUGGACGAACAGUCGGUCAGCAUCCGAUCCGACUGGCGUGAGGUAUGCCGGUCUCUGGGCCGCCGUGAAGGAGCCCACCCAGAUCUCCUCGGCUUCGGCGCACCCGAGGUCAUGAUCGCACUCACAAGACACGCCACAUCCCUACCAGAGCUGACGGCUCAAGUGCCACUGCUCAUCGGCAGUCCGCAGAAUAAGAUCAAGAACCGCCAGGCCCGUCUUCAUCGCCCAGCCGCGGUCUUUGGGCCAACAGAGAUCCAACACCUUCAGCGGUGUGUCAGAUGGGCGCUCAAGAACAAGACCAAGCUGACCGUCGUCAGUGGGAGCCACAGCGACCAGUGCCUGUGGCCCAACGUCGUCGCAAUCGAUAUGGGAUUCUUUGACAAGGUUCAAAUCUGCGUGGCUGAAGACGGCAAAGCAACAUGUACUCCCGAGUCCAAUGUCUUUGUCGUCGCCGAGACCGGUGCAAAGGCCGGCGACAUCAUCGAGAAGACCAUGGCAGCCGGCUUGACGGUACCCCUGGGAUCUCGCCCAAGCGUCGGCGCAGGUCUGUGGCUCCAGGGCGGGAUCGGGCAUCUGACCAGGCUGCACGGCUUGACGUGCGACUCCAUCGUCGGGGCCGUCAUGGUCAGUGUCAGCUCCGGCCAGGUUCUCUGCAUUGGCAACGUGCCAGGCCCACACCAGCCGGCCGGCUCCGAGCGUCCGGAGAACGAGGCUGAUCUGCUCUGGGCAAUACGAGGCGGCGGCACAAAUUUCGGUAUCGUGGUGAGCGUCACCUUCAAAACCUACACAAGCCCAACCUACUCGGUCCGAAACUGGAUUGUUCCUCUGAGAGGCGACAGCGAAGCGCUUCUCAAACUCGAAAUGUUCGAUGAGCUCGUCGCGGGUAAGCUUCCAAGAGACUGCUCAGCCGACGCGUACCUGUACUGGGACGUGGGACAGAUGCAUCUCGGCGUGACCAUGUAUGAAGCUUCUACCAAGGCGCCCGCCUUGCAAACAGCACAGGCCGAUCGCUUGGCUAAAGUACUGGGACAGGAAGCUUCAUCCAAGGUGGUUGAUGGCAUCGGUCUAUUCGAUACCGAGAUGUACAUGUCUGGAAUGCACGGAGGCCAUGGCGGGGGCAAGACCUCGUCGUUCAAGCGAUGCAUGUUCCUGCGACGUAUCGGAGCCGAAGCCACCGCCACUGUCUUGCAAAACGCCAUCAAAACUCGACCCUCGCCGUUCUGCUAUCUCCAUCUACUGCACGGCGGGGCGGCCGUGAUGGAUGUGGCUGCGGAUUCCAGCGCGUUUGGCUGCCGGGACUGGGACUUUGCUUGCGUAAUCACUGGCGUCUGGCCCCGAGACCAGGAUGGAAUUCAAGCUGCUGAAACCGCAAUACAGUGGGUGUAUAAUGUCGUCGGGGCCUUGCUUCCCCUGAGCACCGGUGUAUACGGCGCCGACUUGGGCCCUGAUCCUCGAGACUCUGCGCUGGCCACCAAGGCGUUUGGACCAAACCUGGCACGCCUGGCACGUCUCAAAACGAGCUCCGACCCGUACAGCAUCUUGGCCUACGCCUUUCCCCUCCCGAAGGUGCCUACAGAGCCAAAACUCAUCAUCUUGGUCACCGGGUUACAUGGCGCCGGCAAAGAUUACUGUGCCGCGAUCUGGGUCUCUGUAUUCAACAGCAGCAACCCAGCCCGCAAAUAUCCGACUGCAUGCGCAAUCGGCAUCAGCGAUGCGACCAAACGAGAAUACGCCGAGGCCACGGGUGCCGACUUUGACCGGCUUCUCUCGGACCGGCCUUACAAGGAGCAGCACAGAUCAGGAUUGAAUGCGUUUUUCAAGAGUCAGUUGCGGCGACGGCCUCGUCUCCCAGAGGAGCAUUUCCUCAAGGUGGUGCGCGACUCCGCACCCAUCGAUGUACUACUCAUAACCGGGAUGCGAGAGCAGGCCCCGGUUGCAGCCUUGUCGCACCUGGUACCAAAGAGCAAGCUGCUCGAGGUUCGCGUCACAGUAAGCGAAGAACUGCGACAGGUUCGUCGAGGGUCUCGCAAGGAUCUCGCCAUUGGUCGCGGCAACUGUGCCGCCUUGUGUGCCGCCGAGGACGGAACCGACGGCGAGGGCAUCAAACACGCCAGGCUGGGCUCGAUGACCUCGUCAGACUGCCCGGAUUUAACCUUUGAGAACGACAUUCCCGGAAGUAAAGCAGUGAAGGCUUUCGCUCAAGACAGAUUGCUGCCGCUCAUCCACGAGGACCUGCAACGACUGGUACAAAUGAUACGUUCAGUGCCAGACCACCCACGCGAGGGCAUCGAAUUCCGCCACGUGCUCGACAUCGCACAGCGCCCCGGCGGGCUCGACCUCUGCUCAUCCCUGCUGCAGAGCCACUUCGCCGGCGACUGGGCCCAAAUCGACGCGCUGGUCUGCUGCGAGGCCGGCGGCUUCCUCUUCGCAUCGGCAUUGGCGACGCGGGUCGACGUGCCCCUGGUGCUGAUCCGCGAGGCCGGCAAACUCCCGCCGCCGACCAUCUCCACGAGCAAGCUUCCUUCGCACAUCUCGUCUCCGGUACUCGCUGACUCUACAUUGGGCAGGAUAGAGAUGGACCUAUAUGCCAUCUCGCCGGGCGCGUCCGUUGUGGUCGUAGACGAUGUGCUCGCUACCGGCAGAACGCUUUGUGCAGUACUGCGACUACUCAAAAAGGCCGGUGUUCAUGAAAAGAACAUUAGCGUUAUAGUAGUCGCCGAGUUCCCUUGUCAUCGAGGGCGGGAUGUUUUGCACCAACAUGGCUUUGCAGAGACCAGCCUUCAAAAUCUUCUGGUGUUUGGUGGUCCCUAGGUAAGAGAAAGCUAAGAAUCCUGGGAGACUGUUAAGAGUAGCGUUGUUAGAGUUCCGCCAAUUUUACCUCCACCAACAACACACGCAAUAACAGUUGAAUCAAAUUCAGAAAUCAAUAUCAGAAAAGUGC